GCCCCGAUUUGAAAGGUAUUUAAGCAGGGACUGAAAUGAAUUUGUUCUUUAUUCGUUAUUUAAAAUCGAUAAAUUUGAAAGCUGCCAAAUGAAAGGUCUACAUUUUGUAUUUCUGAUCGUUCUUUUGGUCGAUACCAUUUAUUCAAGACGAAUCUCACGCAAAGAUGACUUCUAUUCGUUGAAAUUUGGAAAACUGAAGAAAUGCUUUCCUCUAGUUGAAGUGCGUGAACAGGAAAAGUGGAUUGAGUGCGUCCUUUUAUUAACUUCACUUAAUUACCCACUGAUACCGCGGAUAUUGCCGAUACCACGAAAUAUACCAACUGCACCAACAGAGCCUCCGAAACCAUCUACUCCCUCAACCCCUCUACCGACUGAAUCGAGGACGUUUCCCUCCACUCCGCCAACUCCACCAACUUUACCGGGAGAAACACCUUCACCAACAAAACCACCGAAACCGCCAACUCCCCCUACUGAUCCUGGAGAAACACCUUCACCAACAAAACCAACGAAACCACCGUCUCCACCUACUCCACCGAUCGAGACAACUUCUUGGGAGACGGACAUAACCGAAGAAACCUUAACAACAGAUGAUUCAACCGACUUUCCUACUUCAUCAUCUCCACCGCUAACUGACCCUCCUACUCCACCAACUGCUCCAGGAGAGUCCACAGUUCCUCCAACAUAUCCUUCAAAGCCACCUACGCCACCUACUCCUUCAGAUGAGACCACUCUUUCAACUACACCCCAUACGGGAUCACCUGAACUGACAAGCAUUCCAACUCCACCGACUUCGCCUCCAGGAACGACCAGACCAACUUUAUCGACUGAGAGUACACGCAUUCCAACACCACCAACAGAUACCAUUCCACCAAAUUUUUCAACAGAGAAUAUAACAUCACCGAAACCUACAGAAUGGACGCCACCAACACCUCCGACUGAUUUACCAGAAGUUACCACUAAGUCAACUGCUAUUCCAGCGCCACCAACAGAUACCAUUCCACCAAAUCCCUCAACAGCGCCUCCAAAUCCUCCAGGAUGGACACCACCAGCACCACCGACGGAUACCAUUCCACCAAAUCCCUCAACAACUCCCCCAAAUCCUCCAGGAUGGACGCCACCAACACCGCCGACUGACCUACCAGCAGCUACCAAUAAUUCAACCGAUGCUCCAACGGCUCCGCCAACACCACCAACAGAAGCUAGUGUAGUGAAAAGGAAAGGAGCAUUCCUUUAGUGAUAAGUUUAAUUUAAAAAGGGUCAAGAGCA